CAGUAUACCGUGUUAUGGCGGAUGGCGCUUCAGUAAAACCUAAAGAAGAACAGGCGCUGAAGAAGAAAAAUAACUAGCAUCAGGGCGCUAGAACGCAACCAAGUACAUAUAGGCUAUUUGCUAUAGUUAUGGCGCCCCUAGAUUUGGAUAAGUAUGUAGAAAUAGCAAGACACUGCAAAUACUUGCCAGAAAAUGAUCUUAAGCGUCUGUGUGACUAUGUAUGUGACUUGCUGCUUGAAGAGUCUAAUGUCCAACCGGUUUCUACGCCUGUUACCGUUUGCGGUGAUAUCCAUGGCCAGUUUUAUGACCUCUGUGAGCUGUUCAGGACUGGAGGACAAGUUCCAGACACAAAUUACAUUUUCAUGGGAGAUUUUGUGGACAGAGGCUAUUACAGCUUGGAGACGUUUACGUAUCUGCUGGCCUUGAAAGCAAAGUGGCCAGACUGCAUCACUCUUCUCAGGGGGAACCAUGAGAGCAGGCAGAUAACACAAGUGUAUGGAUUUUAUGAUGAGUGCCAAACAAAAUAUGGAAACGCAAACGCAUGGCGAUAUUGCACAAAAGUGUUUGACAUGCUAACUGUGGCAGCUUUGAUAGACGAGCAGAUCCUGUGCGUUCAUGGUGGCCUGUCUCCUGACAUCAAGACCUUGGACCAGAUCCGCACUAUUGAACGCAACCAGGAGAUUCCUCAUAAGGGGGCCUUCUGCGACCUGGUCUGGUCCGACCCAGAGGACGUGGACACCUGGGCCAUCAGUCCCCGAGGCGCCGGCUGGCUGUUUGGCUCCAAGGUCACCAACGAGUUUGUUCACAUCAACAACCUGAAGCUUAUAUGCCGCGCACAUCAGCUCGUUCACGAGGGCUACAAGUUCAUGUUCGACGAGAAGCUGGUCACGGUAUGGUCCGCACCCAACUACUGCUACCGCUGUGGAAACAUUGCUUCCAUCAUGGUGUUUAAGGACGUGAACAGGCGAGAGCCGAAGCUCUUCCGGGCUGUACCGGACUCUGAGCGGGUCAUACCACCUCGAACAACAACCCCGUACUUUCUCUAAUUUAGGAGACCAUUUAUUUCUAUUCUAUCCUCUAUUCUCCAAAGCGUUUAUUUUUUUGGGUUCUUUUUCUUGCUGAAAGUAAACAUGACUUCUGCCCCAACCACAUUAUGUUGAUUCAGCUUAAACCAAAUUCAUUUAUAUGCAACAGAGUUUCAAUAACUUUUAUGGAGCCAUUGGGUCAAUGCCUCAGGUUCAUCUUUCUGAGGUUUCUUUUAGGCUGUGGUCAACACAAAACAGGAUGCAGUACAAUAAAAUGUCUCCCCUAUUAAGGUACUUGUAAUUAUUACUCAACAUCUAUUGGCUAUACGCUAACAAAAUUAUAAUUUCUUUGUCAAACAUUGGUAACAUUCAAGUGGUAAUUUGAACUUGGAGUUACAUAAUCACUCCCGUUAUAAAUUAUUUUACAGUUUACAGACAUGCAAAAAAGAAUUGUUUCUUGUUUUUGUGACCUCCAUAAUUUUACUGGUUUAAUUUGAUGGUGGCUUUUUAAGAACUUAGCAUUAAACAAAAUGUGUCUUAAAUGGGAGGAAAUGUAUUGCUGUAAUAACAAAGUUUUUAGUAGUUGGGGGGGGGGGGGAGGAAGAAACAAAGCUACGACAACAUGCCUUCCAAAAGUUUUUUUCUUUUAUUUAAUGUGUUCUACUUGAGUCACUAUAAUCAUAUACAGAUAUUACUUUGAUUCAUUUUAUUCACAAAAUAAAUCAUAGAUGUACAGACAAUAUUUUUUGGAGUUUCUUCUGCUCUUUAUCCCCUGUUCCUUUGUAUAAACAGUUGUGUGCCUAUUUAUAUCAACAUUUUAUUGUAAUUACAUUUGGAAAGUGCCAUAGGUAAAGGUUAGCUUUAGUUUACUGCACAAAUAUCUUGGCAUCGUAUUUUAUUCAAACAUUUUUAAUUGUAAUAAACGGUUCCUUAAUACAAUUGGGGACUCCUGUAUUCAGUUGAUGGCACUGAAUAUUUCAAAUAAUUAUAAUUUUUUAUAGGUUGCUCUUCAAGUAUACAUCAAGUAAAACCCAAGAUCAAUAGUGUAUGAAUUAUCAAUUUAUCUAAUUACUGUUACUGUUACUGUUAAAGGUCCCGUGACAUGUCACAGGGUGUGGUGUUAUUAGCCGUUACAAGCCGUUUUGGAAAUCUGCCCCUUAUCACAUCAUAGGUGGACAGAUUUCUAAAACGGCUUGUAAUAGCUGAUCACACCAAACCUGAAAGUUAGGAAAGGUUAUGAAUAUGAAAAAAGCGAGUUCCAUACUAAUCCCAACAACACCGUGCCAUAGGUGGUUCCAUUACAUUAUAGCAUAUGAACUACAGUCUGUUACAGGUUGUUAGUAUAUCCAUGGGUCCAUGGGCCAGAGGGUUUAUGCUGUUUUGUAUUGGUAAGCAGAGGUGUUAAAGCCUAUAAUCGUCAAAAAUAAUACAUUUAUUAUAAUUCACCCUUUUUUUUG